AUGCUGAAAAGCUCAUUCAUAGUUUCCUCUGUCCCAGGUUUAAAUCUUCGAGAAGGAGACAUUUUGGAGACCAACCAGAGGAGUGCUGUUUUAGGAGAUGACUACCGAUGGGAGUCUCCUGUUCCCUAUGUACUGAAUGAGGACCUCGAUAUGAAUGCCAAAGGUGUCAUUCUGAGGGCCUUUGAACAGUUCAGGUUGAAAUCAUGUAUUGAUUUCAGGCCAAGGGAGAGUGAGGACUAUUACAUCUCAGUUGAAAAGAAGGAUGGGUGUUACUCAUAUGUCGGGAAAAGAGUCACUGACGGCCAGGUUCUCUCCAUUGGUGAGGGUUGUGACACCAUUGCUAUUGUAGAACAUGAGUUUCUUCACGCUCUGGGUUUCUACCAUGAACAGUCCAGAUAUGACAGAGAUGAGCAUGUCACAAUCGUCUGGGACAAUGUUGAGGAAGGACAAGAGCACAAUUUCAACAAGUAUAAUCAGAGUGAAAUCACUACCCAGGGUAGUCCAUAUGACUACAGCUCUGUGAUGCACUAUGGGAAAGACACUUUCACCAAUGGAAAUGGAUCCACCAUUAUCACAAAGCUACCUGAGUUCCAAGAUGUGAUUGGUCAGCGACUGGACAUGAGUUACUAUGAUGUGGUAGAACUCAACAAACUCUAUCAGUGCAAUGCAUCCAUCUCAUUCCUGGACCACUGCAGUUUUGACAAUGGGAGUCUGUGUGAGAUGAGUGUCUGUUCUCGUUCUGAUCAUGGAUGGGAAAGAGUAACCAAUAUCACUGGAGGUCCCCAUUCUGAUCAUACUUAUCUAGGGAGUGAGUCACACGCUGGAUUCUUCAUGCACUCCAGCACAGUAAAUGGUCAGGAAGGUGACACAGCAAAACUGCAGACCAGGACAAUGACACCAAGCAGAGACUGUAAAGUACAGUGUCUGCAGUUCUUCUAUUACCACAGUGGAAAUGACUCUGACCAGCUCAACAUCUGGAUCAGAGAGUUUGACAGUGAGGCUGACCUGAAUGGAACACGCAGACUGAUGGGCCAGAUCACAGGUUCCCCAGCCAAUUACUGGCAGCUCCAUAAUGUGCCCCUUAAUGCUACGAAAACAUUCCAGGUGGAAUUUGAAUCACGUAAAGGAGCAGGAAAUUCUACUGGUGGUUUUUCUGUGGAUGAUAUUAACCUGUCAGAGACUGAGUGUCCACACAACAUUUGGCAGAUAAGAAACUUUGAGGAGCUUUGGAAUUCCACUUCUAUUGUAGCUGUCUAUAGCCCCAGGUAUUAUUCUCCUGAAGGCUAUCGCUACCAAGCAGGUGUAGUAUUCUUCCGAGGUAGGGCUACUUUCUAUGUGCGUCUGGUGUCAGGGGUCUAUGAUGAUCAGCUGCAGUGGCCUUGUUCAUUGAGACAAGUAACCUUGGUACUGCUCGACCAGAACCCUCACAUCCAACAGCGUAUGUCAAGACAGAGUAGCUUCACCACAGAUUCAGAGUGGGACAACCCCCGAGUGACUGGAAAUCCGACACAAGAGGGCAACAACACAGUUUAUGCAACAAAAUGGUUUAACGUAAAAUUUUUCGUGGAAAGACAAAACCUCGGGAACCGAGCAUUUUUUAAAGGUGGUGAUGCCUUUUUAGUCCUUGACAUGCAUGACAUUUCAGGAUUGACUCAGAAUGACACUCUGCCCUGUCCCUCUGUGCCUAAGCAGAACUUCAUAAGGUCUCCAGAAGGCCUGGCUGACGAGGGUCCAUGUGAAUCCACCAACCAUUACCCCACUUAA